AUGAAGCUUUUGACUGUCUUCACGAUUAAGGUCUCUUUCACCCCAUUGGUCCCAGUCAAGACCCUCCGCCUGAAAAACGGUAUCCCAAUUGGGACCCAAAAUCUUAUUGUCGAUACCAUAGAGGUCGUAGUCAUACCACCAAGUUGCCUAGUGGCUGCUGCUUGCAGCUGCCUGGGCAUGCCUAGGCAGCUGCUUGCAGCUGCUUGGGCAUAUGCCUCGGCUACUGCUGCAGCUGCUUGGGCAUAUGCCUCGGCUACUGCUGCAGCUGUCUGGCAAAACCCGAGUGUUGAAAAGGAUGCAGCGUUUUGUUUUCCUUGCUAUUUAUUCAAGAAUGAAAAUUCACUGGGUGGAGAUGCUUUUGUAAGUGGUGGAUUAAGAGCUUGGAAUAAAACAGAUGCAUAUGAUAAGCAUAUUGGAGAACAUACGAGUGCCCACAAUCAAGCUUUGGGGAAUUUAAAUGCUUUUAAAAAUCAGAAGGGUUCCAUUGCAUCUGGUUUAUCUAAGCAAACUGAGGAUACUAUGAGUAAGUAUCGAAAGAGACUACAAGCUUCUAUUAAUUGUUUGAGGUGGUUAUUACUUCAAGGGUUACCCGAACGUGGUCAUGAUGAAAGUGAGUCUUCGUCGAAUCGAGGUAGUUUUUUAGAACUUCUGAAAUUUCUUCCAACUAAAAAUUUUAAUAUUCGGAAAGUAGUUCUUGAAAAUGCUCCGGAACAAAUGGCUCUUUGUUUGCGAUACAUAAAUAAAAGAGGAGAGGUGACUGAGCGCUUUCUUGGUAUUAUCCAUGUUGCUGAUACCAAAUCUCUUACACUAAAAGCUGUUAUAGAAUCUUUACUUAUGGAGCAUUCUCUCACUUUUUCUAGAGUUCAUGGUCAAGGUUAUGAUGGUGCCAGCAAUAUGCAAGGUGAAAUUAACGGCCUUAAAACUUUAAUUAAAAGUGAAUCUGAAUCUGCAUAUUUUGUUCAUUAUUUUGCCCAUCAACUCCAAUUGACUCUUAUUGCCAUAGCUAAGAAAAAUGCUGAUUGUGAGUGGCUAUUUAUUGAUGUGCUUGCACCAUAA